AUGGUGUCAGGAGGAAAGAGGAGGAGGGUCUUCUUGCUUGUAAUCCAAAAAAUUCUUCUACUAAUUGUAUUGUGCUUAACAAGUAGGUGCUGCAAAGCCCAGCAUAAGCAUGAUCAGCACUGCAAUACUUCGUCUUGCGGGAAUAUCCGUGACAUACGCUACCCUUUCCGGCUGGAAGGCGAUCCCCAGCACUGUGGUCUUCGCGACUACCAACUUGCCUGCAACAACAAUCGCGCUAUACUACAACUUAAAAGUCCUCCUGAUGCAGGGUACGACUACAAAUUCAACUACUCCUACUACGUGGAGGCAAUCACUUAUGACAACUUCUCCAUUCGACUUGUUGAUCCCGGUCUAGACAAGGAUAAUUGCUCUUCUCUUUCACUUCAUUCUCUGCCAUAUAAUUCUUUUAGCAGAAACUCCAUUUUUACACGGAGAUUCUUUCCUUCUUUCAUAGGUUCAUAUAAUAAUUAUGAUGUUGUAUUCAUAAGCUGCCAGAAUCCUGUAAAUAGGAGUGGAUAUGUGGACACUGGCUUUUGUGAUAAAAGAAACACUACUUCCACCUCCAACACUACUUCACCAUCUCCGUUGCAAAAUCAUAAUUAUUUUGUAUUAGGAGAAAUGGAUUUCUCAGAACUGGAGGACUCCUGCAACAUCGGCAGUUCGGUUUUGGCAUCAAAGAUGUUGUAUCACGGCUCCUGA